AUGGAGAGUAAGCUCAAUAAUUUACAAGCAGCAAAGGUGGUGCGAAGGCUGGGUUUUGAUGAGUUCUGGGCAAUUGAUAAACAAGGUAGGAGUCGUGGUUUAAUUCUUAUGUGGAAGGAGACAAUUACGGUGAAAAUUUAUUCUUCUCUAGGACAUAUUCUUGCAACCAUUGCUGGAAAUGGGUUCUUGUCAUGGACCUUUACUGGGUUUUAUGUCAACCCAAACCAGUCCUUAAGGGAUGAUUCAUGGAAGUUAUUUCGGCGAAUCAAAGACUCAGUGGUGGGAGCAUGGCUUUUUAUAGGUGCUUUUAAUGAAAUAAUUGAUUUUGGCAAUGUAAAAGGAAAACUUACUUGGAGUAAUGGUCAUGAGAAAGGCACAGUAAUGGAGAGACUUGAUAGAGGACUUUGCAAUAAAGAUUGGAACCUCUCCUUUCCCAAGGCUUCGAUUAAAGUUCUUGAUUGGUGUAGUUCAGACCAUAGAGCCCCGGUUGUGGAUUGUGGAGUCGUUAUUAAAGACAACAAAUGUGGUAAGAUUAAGAGAAAUUUGAGAUUUCAUUUUGAGGAAGCAUGGUGUGAUGAUGAUGAGUGUAAAGAUAUUGUGACAACAAGUUGGAACUCUAUCCUUUCAGAUGGUUCUACAGAAAAUCUGAAAGUCAAGUUGAAGCUAAAUGAUCAAGAGAUGUGGCAGGACAUUAAAAGAGAGGAGAAGCGCCUGAACCGUUUAAUGGAGAAGGACAAAAAAUACUGGAAAAAGAGGAGUAGAGCUGAUUGA